GCACCAACCUUUAAGUUUUUCGGUAACGGGUGUUCGGAAAGCAAGUACCGGGGCUCCUCAUUGACUACCGCACGCUUUUCUCUCAGAAUACAAAAUGCCCCGAGCCCGUUACGUUCCUUGCUCAGUAGUUGAGUGACACCCAAAGGUCACCAGCGACCGAUAAGUGAUAACACAAACACCAGUGCUCUCUUACUUCUUCUAGUCGUGAUUAUGGUGUUUUCAUUCAAACUUUACUACUCUGCGUGACUAAUGUAAAUAGUGUGUGAUGUCCUUGUUUUGAUUCGAUUGAGUGUUUGUGCGCACCGGCUUCUCAAUGACAUUCUUUUUCAAACGAGAUGAUGUUGUCUACAUCGACCGAAACUCGAAGAUGAAACGGCGAAGGCGACAAAUCGGCCAGAUAUGUCUCCUAGUCCUGGGCCUACUCCUCAUUGGAGCCGGCGUUUUCAUCUUCGUGUUCUUCGAGGCUAUCUACGAAUUCAUUCUUGCUGAAGCCCUCAAAUUCACACCCGACUCACGACCGUAUAAAGCGUGGCGCAACAACGACCCUCCACUCAGCAUGGACAUCUUCCUGUUCAAUUGGACAAAUCCCGAACAAAUCUAUAACAUUUCGGACAAGCCGGAAUUUCAAGAAGUGGGACCUUAUAGGUUCAAGGAGAUUAAGGAGAAGAUUAAUAUAUCCUGGCAUGAGGAUAAUUAUACAGUUAGUUACCAACAUCGGAAGUUAUAUUAUUUCGAUCACGAAAAUAGUCUUAGGAAGUUAACUGAUGUGAUAUCAACAAUAAACCCAGUGCCAUUAACAAUUGGUUUUAAGACCAGAUGGUCGAGCUGGUUUACCAAAAGGGUCGUAUCGGCAGCGUUAUCGAGUGUUUCUAGUCUACAUGUAACGAAGAACGUGUCCCAGAUAUUAUUCGAAGGUUACGAUGAACCAAUAUUGGGUACAUUAUCGAAGUUUCCCUGGUUGGACGUCCAGGACAAAUUUGGGAUCUUUUAUGGUAAAAACAAUACGUUCGGCAAAGACGGAGUUUUCUCAAUGCACUAUAAAAACGACGAAAACUUCGGCAGACUUGUAACAUGGAACAACAAAAACCAAACAAAUUUCUACGAGGGCCAUUGCAAUGACAUCAAAGGGUCAGCGGGAGAGUUUUAUCCAUUUCACAGACAAAGACAGAAAGUUAUAUUGUAUUCAGCAGAGCUCUGUAAAUAUGCCGAAUUAGAAUAUGUAGAAGAUGUCGUUAUUAAAGGAGUUUUGGGUUAUAAAUAUACUGCAGAUAACAUUUUUGAUAACGGUACUCAUCGACCAGAAAAUGCCUGCUUCUGCACGGGAGAGUGUAUUCCGUCGGGAGUUUUUAACGUCUCUACGUGUAGGGAUAACUCCCCGAGUUUUUUAUCCUUUCCACAUUUUUAUCGGGCUGAUCCUUAUUACACGGACAUGAUGAGAGGGAUGAGGCCCGAUAAGGGGAAACAUGAAUUUUACAUAGUUAUCGAACCGAUAUCGGGAGUCAUAAUGAAUGUCCAGAUAGUAAUGCAAGUGAAUAUGUUGCUACAACCAAUUCCAAGUAUACGAAUAUAUGAAAAAGUACCAAAACUCUACAUACCUUUAUUCUACUUCACUCAAAACAUACCACUAGCAGACGAUGUAGCUAGCAGCCUAAGACUGAUCCAGAAUCUUCCAGAAUAUAGCAACUAUAUUUUUUAUAUCCUACUAGGACUUGGUAGUAUGUCCAUUCUGUGGGCGUUAUGUUCUUGUAUAUGGUGCUAUACAAGCAAACAGACGUUUCACGUCAAUGGGAAAUCAAAAAAGACUCACGAUGAGAUACCUCUUCGAGACAAGAAAUGACACUUUUUAUUUUGUUACUGUAUUUUUAAGUUUGUUAUAGAAAUAAAUUUUUUACCAAA